CGCUGGGGUAAGAAGGAUGGUUUGACCCGGGACUGUUCCGGAGCACUAGCGCGGGCACUUCUGCUGGGGAGAGGGGUCUGCAACGCUAUUGUGAUGCAAUGGUGGGAUCUAUUGCUCCUCUGAUGGCAUCGCAACACUGCACGAUCACUUGUACCCGUUGCAAUUAAGUUUGCAGGAUCUGGACAUGGGAGGAUCGAGCAUGUACGUGUAACUGUGCCAGCUCUUCGGCCUUUCUUCUGACUGUAUCUCUUGCUCUUGUGCGUUUUACUAGCUCCCGGUUCUGGUUACAACAUACACCCAUCCUCAGCACCAGUAUCCUUAGCCGUGCUUUGGGAACUCCCCGAAAAGACCAUGCAUCGAUUUGUCUUGGUUGCCAAGCAAACUGCGGCAAGCCUGGGCUGCACAGGGCCGGGGGGCUGCCGAAGCGGCUGGAAGGACACGGCUUCGCGCGGCGCCGCCGGGCUGGCUGCGGGGCGGCCGCCGCUGCGGCCCCGGCUCCCGCGGCCGGGGCGGGAGGGGACGGUGCGCUGGAGCAGCGCUGCCAAGGCCUCCGCCGUGAAGAUGAACGAGAAGGCGAGCAGGGAGAAGAUCCUGACGCUGGAGUCCAUGAACCCGCAAGUGAAGGCGGUGGAAUAUGCAGUGCGGGGCCCCAUCGUCCUUAAAGCCGGCGAGAUCGAGAAGGAGCUGCGGAAGGGAAUCAAAAAACCUUUUACUGAAGUAAUUAAAGCCAACAUUGGAGAUGCACAUGCAAUGGGACAGAGGCCAAUCACCUUCCUCCGUCAGGUAGUGGCACUGUGUACAUACCCAAACCUGUUGGACAGCCCAAGUUUUCCAGAAGAUGCCAAAAAGCGAGCCAGACGGAUCUUGCAGGGCUGUGGAGGAAACAGCUUAGGAGCUUAUACUGCCAGUCAAGGUAUAAAUUGCAUUCGUGAGGAUGUUGCUUCAUAUAUUACAAGAAGAGAUGGAGGAGUUCCUGCAGAUCCAGAUAACAUAUAUCUUACCACUGGAGCAAGUGAUGGUAUUGCUUCAAUUUUAAAGAUCCUGAUCUCAGGAGAUGGAAAAUCCCGAACAGGAGUGAUGAUCCCUAUACCACAAUAUCCCUUAUAUUCAGCAGCCAUAUCUGAACUAGAUGCUAUCCAGGUGAACUACUAUUUGGAUGAAGAAAAUUGCUGGGCUCUAGAUGUGAAUGAACUUCGCCGUUCCUUGAAUGAAGCUAAGGGAUAUUGCAAUCCAAAAGUGCUCUGCAUCAUCAACCCCGGAAAUCCCACAGGACAGGUGCAAAACAGAAAGUGCAUUGAAGAUGUGAUACACUUUGCUUGGGAAGAGAAACUUUUUCUUAUGGCUGAUGAGGUUUACCAGGACAAUGUGUACGCUGAAGGAUGCCAGUUUCAUUCUUUCAAAAAGAUUCUGUAUGAGAUGGGACCCGAGUACUAUAACAAUGUUGAGCUGGCCUCUUUUCACUCCACCUCUAAGGGAUACAUGGGCGAAUGUGGCUACAGAGGAGGUUACAUGGAAGUCAUUAACUUGCACCCAGAAAUUAAAGGUCAGCUUGUGAAGCUGCUUUCUGUUCGGCUUUGUCCUCCAGUCUCAGGACAAGCAGCAAUGGAUAUUGUAGUGAAUCCUCCAGUACCUGGAGAAGAAUCUUAUUCACAGUUCAUAAAGGAGAAAGAGUCUGUUUUGAACAACCUUGCCAAAAAAGCCAAACUAACAGAAGACAUGCUUAACAAAGUACCAGGAAUUCACUGCAAUCCGCUUCAAGGAGCUAUGUAUGCUUUCCCACGGAUCUUUAUUCCACCCAAAGCCAUUGAGGAAGCAAAGGCUCACAAAAUGGCACCUGAUUUGCUCUACUGCAUGAAACUUCUGGAAGAGACUGGAAUAUGUGUUGUACCUGGAAGUGGAUUUGGACAAAGAGAAGGAAGCUACCAUUUCAGAAUCACCAUUCUUCCUCCAGUAGAGAAGCUGAAGAUGCUACUGGACAAAGUAAAAGACUUCCACAUAAAGUUUCUUGAAAAAUAUGCAUGAAACUACUGUGGCUUUUUCCCCUUGUCCCCUCCCUGUCAAGGGAAGAGGAGAAUGUGAAGAAAGCAAUGAGAAGAAAGAACCAGUAAAUGAUUUUGUGCCUUGAUUGGAAAUUACAUUCAUGAACAUUUGACUCAAUAGGUUGGGGGAGUUGCUCAUUAGAAUGACUCCUGUUGUGUGAGGGGUUUUUUUACAAAACAGAAAUGCCAAGAGCUAUUGUUUAGCUAGGAACAUUUCCCAUCUUAAAAUUCUAAAAAAAAAAUCCAAAAGCCUACAUUAUAGGUAUUGUUUGGUUUAAUUUUUUUUGGUUGUUGUGAAGUAUGAAGUGCUCUCCAAAUCUGAUAAAGCAUGUAAGUACAGCAUGCUUAUUAUUAAAAAAAAAAAAAAAAAAAGUUUGGCAGAUGUGUGCAGAUACCUUUAAACUUCUGCUGAAAAAGGAAUCCUGCCAUCUCAACAGGAGUGGAAUAUACAGUUCUGACCAGAGGAGUGAACUUGGUGUCUGCUUGAACACUAUUUUAAUGAACUGAAACAUAAUGGGGAAUAUUAGCUUCUUAUUCAUAUGCUGUUCAACAUAUUAUUCCAGCAUAAGAGCACUGAACACUUCCUCUCAGGACAACUCCAUGAGUCUCCUGUUAGCUCACAUCUUUUAUGUACAUGUAACAUAGUAAGUUACUGUUUCAAAGCAGAUGUGGGUACUGUAAAUCCUUUCAAGCAGGGUAAAAGGCAACACUAUUUCAGAAUUGCUUUAUCUAUGGAGAACAUUCGUUUGGAACCACAUUACUGAGAGACCUGUUAGCUGGCCAAAAUCCAGCUUGAACUGGAAAGGACUAAUGAAUGUUGCUAGCAGGAGAAAUGCUGGGAAUGGUUUCUAAUGUAGUAAAAGGUAUUUAAAGGACAAUGUCUUGCAUUAAGCAUAAAGAUGAUAGUACAGCUCACUCUUCAAUCUUCCACAGCCAUGCUGCUGGCUGAACAAUCGUGGGUGCUUAUUAAAACCCAGCAGAACGAGGUUGCUAUCUAAGAGUACAGCUGUGCUACUCUGCUAAUCUAUGCCAGUUUCCCUGUGUGACAAAAGAAGGCUUCUGUUUUUCUGGAGCUGAAAGCUGGAGACCUUCUGCUAGCACUGAUAAGGUACUGAAGACACACAAGCUUCCAGUAUUCAGCCCUGAAAGCAUGAGCAUUUAUCAGGCUUAGGCUCAGCAUUUACAAAGUUUGUUCAUUAAGAAUAUCUCAUUUAGUCUAAUGAUUAAUUUUAAGUUAUUUUUUAGAAGUAAACUCAUUUUAAUGUCUACUGGCACUUUGUUAGGCUGCCAUUGCAGCUGGUUCAACAUCCUAUGCUGAUCCAGGCUACUGAAGCCAAGGGCUAGAGAAUCACCAUAUGGAUAAAACACGUGCUAAUCUAUUGUGUGUGGAAGACAAGAUGUUGCCAAUAACAGUCCCUGCAACAGCAGCUACUUGUCUAUGACACAGAAUUAGCAGUUGAUAUACUUCUUACAGUUCCUUACUGAAGUCUGUGAGAAUAAAUUGGUACUUUCAAUCACCUGCCAGUGGUCACAGCUUCAUAAAUUAAAAUGCCUCAGCUACACAGAGUUACUAUGGAGGCUUGGAGAAAAAAACCAUAAAGUUCUACUUUAAUCUUUGGAGAAAUGGGACUUCUUAUGUUGCUAGUAUUGAUAAAACCUUUUAUCUGUUAGCACUCUCCACUUCACAUCCUUAACAUGCACUAAGAAAAUAAAUCCAGCAAAACCAUAGUAAGAGGUCCAAAUAUUGAUUAAAAGUAAUACAGACAGCACUAUCCUAUUCUAGGAAUGUGUCCAAAUCAGAUCUGGCUUUGGACUUGUAAUGCAGCAUAGAUUGAAGCCAAGACCUAACAAUGGGAGUUAGAAUAUUUUUUUAUAUUUUUGUAACUACAGAUUUUUCAUGGGGUAGUAUUUGUAUUCUAAUAAGUAAAUAGAUUUUAUAUUUGCCUUGCAUUUGCACCUGAUACUUCUGGAAAAAAAUGUAACAGUUUAAAGUUUCUAAUGAUAAUUUACAGGUGUCAAAGGCUUUUUCUUUCAAGCUGGGACAUCAAUUCUUACACUUUUAAAAUACAAUGGCUUAAACUGAGUUUUUUCUAAACGUUCUAUUAUGGUGCCUUUUAUGUUCUGACAUUAUAAGGGAUAACAAUUUGUUCUUGAUUAAUCUUAUAUGGAAGGGUGGUGAUUUCUAUUGUCCAUCCACAAUAUUUGUAUGUACUGUGAUACAGUUAAUGUGCAUUUUUGUGGAGCAAUCUUGCAAAGCUAAGAAAAGAGGCUUAUUUUCAACAUCUUUUAAAUAUUUCAUUAAUAACAGACAAUCUUUACUUUCAAAUGCAUGCUUCUAGGUUUGAUUUUCCUACAGGUGCUCCUUACAAUGGAACUUCAGAUGUAUGAGACUUCCAAAUAAUAAAGCACACAUUAAAAAAGA